CGCCAUCUUGAGUUGCCAGCCUGGUCGCUCCGCUCCAACGUUAGCCUAGCGGCGGCAGCCGACCGCCAUCCCGACGCCGCAGCAGGUGACUGGGAAGUCGGAGCACGAGAUCGGAGCACACUGAUGGAUGCCAUGGCUAGUCCAGGAAAAGAUAACUAUAGAAUGAAAAGUUAUAAGAAUAAGGCUCUAAAUCCCCAAGAGAUGCGUAGACGAAGAGAAGAAGAAGGAAUACAACUACGAAAACAAAAAAGGGAGGAACAGUUGUUCAAACGCAGAAAUGUCUCUUUGCCCAGAAGUGAUGAAUGUAUGCCAGAAAGCCCUAUCCAGGAUCCAGAUAUCAGUUCCACUGUACCAAUUCCUGAGGAAGAAGUUAUUACCACAGACAUGGUUCAGAUGAUUUUUUCUAAUAACACUGAUCAACAACUAACAGCAACACAGAAAUUUAGAAAACUGCUUUCUAAAGAACCCAAUCCACCAAUAGACCAAGUUAUUCAAAAGCCAGGAGUUGUGCAGAGAUUUGUGAAAUUUCUUGAACGAAAUGAGAAUUGUACUUUACAAUUUGAAGCUGCAUGGGCAUUAACUAAUAUAGCGUCUGGAACAUUUCUGCAUACCAAGGUAGUGAUAGAAACUGGGGCUGUUCCAAUUUUUAUCAAACUUCUUAAUUCGCAGCAUGAAGAUGUUCAAGAACAGGCUGUUUGGGCACUUGGUAAUAUUGCUGGUGACAAUGCAGAAUGCAGAGAUUUUGUUUUGAACUGUGAAAUACUUCCACCUCUUUUAGAGUUAUUAACAAAUUCAAGCAGACUUACAACAACCAGAAAUGCUGUAUGGGCGCUCUCAAAUUUAUGUCGAGGCAAAAACCCUCCUCCAAAUUUUACUAAGGUUUCACCUUGCUUAAAUGUUCUAUCACGAUUGCUAUUUAGCAGUGACUCAGAUGUAUUAGCUGAUGUUUGUUGGGCCCUUUCUUAUCUCUCUGAUGGACCUAAUGAUAAAAUUCAAGCAGUUAUUGAUUCUGGAGUCUGUCGAAGAUUAGUGGAACUUUUGAUGCACAAUGAUUAUAAAGUUGUGUCACCUGCAUUAAGAGCAGUGGGUAACAUUGUGACUGGUGAUGAUAUUCAAACACAGGUGAUUUUGAACUGUUCUGCAUUGCCCUGUCUUUUACACUUAUUGAGUAGCCCAAAGGAAUCAAUUCGAAAAGAAGCCUGCUGGACAGUUUCUAACAUCACUGCAGGAAAUAGAGCUCAAAUUCAGUCUGUUAUAGAUGCAAAUAUAUUUCCUGUUUUGAUUGAGAUUCUUCAGAAAGCAGAGUUUCGCACUAGAAAGGAAGCAGCCUGGGCUAUAACGAAUGCUACAUCUGGAGGCACUCCUGAACAGAUAAGGUAUUUGGUUGCCUUAGGCUGCAUUAAACCACUUUGUGACCUUUUGACUGUUAUGGACUCUAAAAUUGUUCAAGUUGCUUUAAAUGGACUUGAAAAUAUUUUACGUCUUGGAGAGCAAGAAUCUAAGCAGAAUGGGAUGAGCAUUAAUCCUUACUGUGCUCUCAUCGAAGAAGCAUAUGGUCUGGAUAAAAUUGAAUUUCUGCAAAGCCAUGAAAAUCAAGAAAUUUACCAAAAGGCUUUUGAUCUGAUUGAGCAUUACUUUGGCGUUGAAGAAGAGGAACCCAGCAUUGUACCUCAGGUGGAUGAAAACCAACAACAGUUUGUUUUUCAGCAGCAAGAAACACCAAUGGAAGGUUUUCAUCUUUGACUUGGUAGGGUAAAAAAUAUCCAAAUAGCUGAAAAGGAUAGCUUGGAUAUUUCAUCUCUUUUGCAGUGUCAAUAAGAAUGUUUCCUGUGUAGUUACAAAGAACAGGAAAAAAAGAAUUUUAAGAAGCAAAAAAAGAGUUUUCCAUUCAGAUACAAUCUUCCCUUAUGAUUCUGUUUUCAUAUUGGUACGCCUAUAUUUAUGUCUUUUAUUAUUUUAUCUAUUUCUAUAACUUUGUGAAUAAUUAAGUACAUAAUGAAAUUAUUUAAGCUUAAAAAAACUUGGUAAAAUAUUACAUAAUAGUCAUCAUUUUGUCUAGCAUCUUUGGAAACUGCACAUUAGCAGUAUAGCUAUUGAUAAUUGCAUUUUGGCAGUAAGUCUGACACAUUCAUUCUCUUCUAAAUCUACCUCUAUCCUCAAGCAAGAAGUUACAGAAGCAGGAAAUUGUAUAAAAACUAAAUUAGAAUGUGAAAACACUUAUCACUUUAAUUAUAAGUCACUGUGCUAUAGGUUAUACUUUGCAAAAAAGUUACAACAAAAAGCCUAUAAAUUUAUUUAUAAAAAUAGAAAUAGUGUACUGUUAAUGUGACAAUUUUGAAGAGAAACUCUUCUUCAUAUUGAACACAUUAAAAUGAUUACACAUUUAAAUAUUUCAUUUUUAUCAUAUAAGUGCUAUUAGUAUCUUUUGUAUUUCAACCAAAUAUGCUACCAUUUUAUAGUAUUUUAUUACUUUUUCACUUUAUUUUAAAGAGUAACACGGAAGAGAUGCCAUCAAGAAUCUAAAGUACUGCAAAGUGAAAAAAUAUGUAGUUCUUUUUCUGAUUUCUUUCUGAGAUACUUUAUUCUUUCUCAGAGCAGUAACUGAAAUUCACUUUCUAUAUAAUAAUGAACUUGGGUACUUGAAUGGCAUUUUUUUCCUAAAGGAAAUACCUUGUUAUGUAUUAAAUGCUACUAAAUGCAGUUAAUCUUUGGACACAAAGGGAUACUAUUAGUGAAAAUUAUUAAGGAUUAUUUAAUAUAGUCAAAAUAUAUAUUAGAAAUUUGGGGCAUAUAGUACUCAGAGGGCCAUACUGCUGCUUGUUAUGAAUCAUUGUAUUAUCUUUCAUUUAUAUCAGGCUGAUCAAUAUAAUGUGUGUUUUAUAUAUUAACAGCAAAAACCUCAUUUUAAGCUGAAACUUUUGAAAAGUUUCAAAAGAAGAAGUACAUAUAUUUAUUUAUAGAUAUAUAUGUGUGUGUUAUUCUCACAGUACUAUUUGGUGGAUUUUUCUAAAAUAUAGUACUAUUAAACUUGAGUCUUUCAUUUAUAGUUAUAUGCAGGCUAUUUACAUUUCCAAGUACCAUAUCUUAAAUUCUUAUUUAAAAAUUAGUUUACAACUGUUCUAACAGGGAAACUAACACAUUUUUAUACAACUCAUAGUCUAUUCUGUGAUGAAAGAUUUCAUUUAUGAUAGCAUUUACUGAUAAUGUUUCUGCUGGAAAUCAGAGGCAUGUUCAAGAAAAAAUGUACAUAGGAGUACUUUUAAAUAGUCUGAUCUUUGUAAAUUAUUUAUCAUGAGUGAGGCUUUUGGCAAGACACUUAAAACUCACAGCUAUAAAACACAGGUUUGGAUGGUAUUUAUAAUGCUGACUGCAUUUACCAAACCUUUUUGUAUUGUUCAGUGGAGGGUUAUAUCUUGUGCCCUUUUAAAUGUAGUGGAAAUUAACAAGUGUAGUAUAAAAAGUUUUUCCUUUGCAUUAUGUAUAUUCAGAAGAACAGGGUAAUUAAAGAUUAUAUAAAAUUGAUGCUGAAUUUAUCAAAUAAACACUUGUGGUACAGAUGGUUCUAAAUAUCAGGUGACAGGGUAUAUUUCACUCUUGAACUUGUUAAUGCAGCGUACUUAAUUCAUAAACUUACCGGCUGUGCCUGUUGUUUUUCUUUAAUUGAGGAAUUUGUAGUCACAUUAAUAAGUAUCCAGGCCAAGUCUUUCAAACAAAAUUUUAAAACUUUUCAGUAAAACAAAACUUAUAUCUCUAAGAUUUAAAUUUGAGAUAUAGGCAUUUAAAAUAUAAGAUUUAUUUCAUUUCUUGUGUAGAUGUUUAGCUUUGAAUACAAGGGGCACUAUCAAAUAGUUGGGACCAAGUAUUUGCCUAGUGAUUAGAUUUUUGAAUCAAGAUUAGAAAAUACUUCUUAUAAUUUU